CUUACCGCGUUCCCGAUGGAGGCCGCGGACAAUGCGUCAGCCGGUCUGCCAGCCGGCCAGAAUGUAAUUACAACAACAGCCGACAAUGCGAUAAACACAACAGAUCCCCAGGGUUUUCCUCUCGAAGGCGCGCAACAACAAAAGCCGCCACCGAAACUUUCAUUUAGCGAAAAUUCGAGUUCGCUAAUACGUUGUUUACCGAACGAAAGAGCGAUAUUUUUCGUGAAAAUCGACUGUGAUGAAGAUUCCGACUUGUUGCCAUUACAAUUUGAAUGGAGCCGUGGAGAAUUGCCAAUUGCGAAUUCCGAUCGCUUGCGAAUAACACAGACCAGCACCGCUGUGCAAUUGGCUGUGGAGCACGUGCAACGAGAGGAUGCCGGUCAUUAUACAUUGAUAGCACGAACGAAAGGUAAUGAUGUUAUUCGCAAAGAUGUGGAGCUCAUUCUCGAGGACAGAUCGACGGGUGAGGAUCCACCCGUAUUUCUACGACGACUGGUUGAUCUGUCGGUGAAAGUGGGAACUCGCACUCGAUUGUUAGUCGAGAUACGUAGUUCCACUGAUGUUAAGCUCACAUGGUACCGAAAUGAUCGACGAAUAUGUGAAAACGAUCGAAUAAAUGAAGUAAACGAGGGCAACUUCCACUAUUUGGAAGUGAGCCCUGUUAUAUUGGAAGAUGGCGGACAGUGGAUGGUAUUGGCUGAAAACUCGGGUGGCCGUAAUUCGUGCAUUGGGCAUCUGAAUGUACUUGUGCCUAAAGCCUACAAGGCACCCGAGUUCAUUGAGGAACUACGUGCUGUGCUCACCCAACAAGGCACAGUUUCGCUCGAAUGCAAGGUGAUUGGUGUACCCACACCGCAGUUGCGUUGGUUUAAGGAUUCCAAAGAAAUCAAGGCUGGUGAUGUAUUCGCGCUGACCGCCAAUCUGGAUGAUCCCACUUCACUGGGCACAUAUACUUGCGAAGCUGUCAACUGUAUGGGUAAAUCAUACUCCAGUUCGAAGGUGCAUGUAGUCGGACGUGGCAGUAGGGAGGGGUCGCUCAAACCAGCUGACAGCAUCCCAAACAAUACACCUCCGCCGAUAUUUACGAACGAGUUGCGCGACAUGAGUGUUCGCAUCGGGGAGCCAAUAAUUCUGGGAUGUCAAGUUGUGGUGCCACCGUGGCCCAAAACAGUAGUAUGGUAUAACAAGAAUGGCCGUAUCGAGUCUGGCGAAAGAUACAAAUUAAUCGAAGAUGGAUUAGGAGUCUAUAUGAUCGAAACAAAACCCUCUGAGAGUUGUGACGAAGGUGAAUGGAAAUGUGUAGUCACAAGCUAUGAAGGUUGUAUGGGCAUUUCAACAUGUAAUGUCACAAUGGACAUUCCGAAAAAUUAUCGGAAACCACGUUUUAUGGAGAGUUUGCGUGCUGUACUUACCGAAGAAGGUCUGGUUUCAUUCGAGUGCAAAGUGGUGGGCUUCCCCACGCCCAUACUCAAAUGGUUUAAGGAUGGUCAGGAACUGAAGCCCGGUGACGUUUAUCAUCUAACUGGUACCAAUUCGCUCGGUACUUACUGCUGUGUGGCUAAAAACUGUAUGGGUGAAAGCAGCAGUGUUGCUGUACUUACCGUUGAGGAUAUACAAAACCAACUUAACGACGAGGAACGGCUGUUGUUUGCAAACCAAAAUCAGCCACCGAAAUUUGUUGUUGGGCUGAAGAGCCAAGAUGCUAAGAUAAAUGAAAGUUUCCAGUUUACAGUAAAUGUUAAGGCUACACCAGAUCCAGUACUGUCUUGGUUCCGUGAUGAACUGCCGAUCGAGAAUAGCGAACGAUAUAGUCAUUAUCGUGGUGAACACGAAAAUUGGCACUUUGACAUAAGAUCUGUAGAAUUUGUCGAUCAAGCGGAAUGGAAGUGUGUUGCUGUGAAUGACUUUGGUACUAGUGUAACAUCUAGUUACUUAAAACUACAGAUACCACGUCAUUAUAAGAAACCACGUUUUCUGGAAUGCCUUAGAGCAGUGCUCACGGAGGAAGGCGCUGUUAAUUUGGAGUGUAAAGUAAUUGGAGUGCCACAGCCAGUGCUAAAGUGGUACAAGGAUGGUGUUGAGCUAAAACCUGGAGAUAUACAUCGUAUUAUAUCUGGACAAGACGGAACCUGCUGUUUAGGGACAUACACCUGUGAGGCAAGAAACUGCAUGGGCAUUGUGGCAAGUUCAGCAUCAUUGCUUGGCUUCGAGGAGGCCUACAAAACUCAAAAGGAAGAGAAAGCUCAAGAAAACGAGUUGCAGCGUAACUUCUCCUUAUCCACUAUACAAGAAGAGCACACGUCUCAACUGUAUGAAACUCCUGUUGGUGACAUAACAAUUGACUCAAAGGGUGAGGUAUCCUUUUCAUUUGAUGGUAAAGAGGUGUCGGUGUCUCUGUAUGAGACACCCGAUUUAACUGAAGAGGAAGCAUUAAAGAUUGUUGAAAUGUAUGCCGAUCAAAUAUCGGAGCAUGUUACCGAACACAAUGUAGUGGAAUUGCCACCGUUGCGUUUUGUCAAAGAGACUUCGCAGUCGGGUAAACUUCUAAUGGAAGCUGUGGUCAUUGAUAUUUCACCAGAAUACUUUUCCCAUGAGGAGGAUAUGCGCACCGAGGCAGGUUUGGAUGAUAUUUCCAUAACGGAGAUAACAGUGCAUGGAUCUUCCGGACAUGAGGAUGAAGUCGACCGUGAGGCUGAAAAAUAUACCCAACACAGUUUCGAGAAAAUGGAAGAAGAACUCUCUCUGACUGCACCAAUACGUAAACGUAAGAAAUCACGACCCACAGAAACCACAGAAGAGUUUUACAGUUUGUCUAAAGCAUCUGAUAGCCAAGCUGGCGAUGAAGACACUUCUGAUUUGCAAACAUUUGCUAGCGCCACCCAAAUGUCAUCACGUGUCGAUUCCGCUGUUGGACCUGAUGCCGCGCAAGAAGAGGAAAAUAUACAGCCACCAAAACGGAAAAAGGGCAAGAAACAAACUGACAGUGAUUCAUCAAAAACAAACGAAGAUGAUGCAAAAAUGCAAGACAUCUCCGGGGCAGUUGGCGAUGGUUUGAUCACUCUGAAACCAGUGAAAGUCAUCUCCAGUGCAGAGGAGAUUGAACAAAAUUUACGUGCUCUUUUGCCACUGGCCAAACUUUUGAAAACGAUUGAGCAUCACUUGACCGUGGUUGAGAAUGAAGUCGUCGAGCAGGCGACCAUGAUGAUGACUCCAGCUUCUGCUGAGCAGAGUAUCGCAAUUAUUCGCAAUAUUGUUGAUCCAAUAAAACAGGUUCAAAGCAAACUAAGAGUAUAUUCCGGAGAAACUCCACUUGAUGCUCUCUUUCAAACGAUGGAAGAGGAUAUACGAAAGCUGCAUAGAAGUCUUCAGGUAAUUGAGAAGUGUGUUGAAAUUGAUGAAACUGGUGUCACACUUAUACAACGCACUAGCGUCUGCAUCAUAGACAGCGUAGGCGAUCAGCUAAUUAAGGCUUUGGGGGAAGUGCAGAACAUAGCCAAGUGUUUCGAAUCAACUAGCUUACGUGCUCAUAUUGAUCUAACGGCAGAUGACAUUAAACAAGGUCUAGAAAUAACACAAGGCACUAUUAAGUCACAAGCUCUACUACAAGAAGCGCAGGAAUUGGAGGCAGCUAAGCACCUUUCAGAAACGGUGGCCAAAUUACAAGCUAUGCCAGCAGUUGAACCAGUCUCUUUUGCGACUAUUUCGGACGCGAAAUUGCCCAACGAGGCUGAUGCAUUGAAGCUCAUUUGUCAACCCAUUGUAAAUUUACAAGCCGCUUUAGAAAAAGUGGAGAAUGAGUUGAGUCUUGAAGAAAACGAGGAACAAAUUUACAGAAACGUGCACAAAAAGGUAUUGGAAAAUAUCGUAGAACCAAUCAAGGAACUACAAUCGGUAUUGGAGACAAUAGAACGAAAGACUGAACUGUCCGCUACACAGUCCACAGAACGAAAGGUAAAUAAUGCUAUAUUGGACAUUGUGACUCCGCCUCUAUUCGAACUUAAUAAGGGCUUGGAGGUCAUACUAAGUCAGUCGUCUAACAAUGUGCAAGCUGGUAUGUUGACUGUUAGCACUGUGGAAUCAAUGGUACCGCCACUGCAGGAAAUACAAAAUGGGUUAGCACAACUUACUCAAGAUGUGGAGCGUGGUCAUUUCAAUGAAGAAGCAGCGCUCGACUCAGCGGACACUCAAAAGCUGCUUCAAACUAUUGCGCAGUCGAUACUGCACUUUGAGACGAAUAUCGAGAGACUUUCAGCACGUUUAUCACCUAAUGUACAAAAGGGCUUGAUUUGUUUGAAGGAAGAAAUGUCUUCGUUGAUUGGCAAUGUACUCGACGAUAAUAUUACCAAAUACCAUGUGACUCUCUUGGAAAACUUGAAGCGUCCAAUUGACGAGCUCAAUUACUGCAUACGUCAAAUUGAAAGCAAAUCAAUUUCGGGCUCGUUAACUGACUUUAUUGAUCCUUUGCACAGUUUAAGUGAUCGUGUCAAUUUGGGCAAAGAGAUUAUGCAUAUGUCAGGGACGAAGCAGAAUGAUAAAAAUGUAGAUGUCCUGGAGAAAAUGCAGCAAUUAAUUAGAAAUGUGGAAAUUGAUAUUGAAGAACACGAGUUCAAAAUGCUACAACACGAAGUAGAGCUUGACGAGAAACUUGCAGCUGAGCAAGAAAAAUCUUUUAUCUACAUGCGUGAAGCAAUGGAAAUGAAAAUAGCUCAAGACGAAGCAGGACAAAACAUACAAGAGCUUUUACACACACUUACAGAGAUCGAAGCAACACCGGGCCUAGAUACCCAAACCCAGAAGGUGUUAUCUCAAUUAGAUCAAAGUCUCACUGGCUUAAUGGCAGAUGUGGAAGUAUUGAAAGAGUCCCAGAGCGCAAGGGAAGAAAAUGAAGCUGCCACAAAAGUUCUGACUGAUAUUGCUAAACCGCUGCAGACGGUUUCUGAGGUAUUACGCAUUUCAAUUACACCAGAAAAAGUACCAAAAAUCCAAUCAGUACCACAAAGUGAAAGUCUGAGCGCAGUUUUGCAAGAAAUAAAAGACGUCGUGGAAAAUAUACCAGACCUAAAUGAGCACCACAUUAAAUUAAAAGCACUGCCAAUUGUACAGUCCGUGAUUGAAAUGGUGCCUGUUCUUCAGUCUAUUACUAAAUUACCGCGAGCAAUAACUGCAGUCACUCAAACAGCAGAGAAGAAGAAAGCAGAACCAGAUGUUGAUAAUAAUGCUCCAAAGAAACCUAAAUUAGACUCAAAAACCGAAAUAGACAAAGAAAAAAUAACGGCUCCAACAAAAGUUGAACCAGUAGGAAAGAUCGAGGAUGAAGGCUCAACGCUAGAAGACAUAUCCGCUAUGAAAUCCGCAGCUGAAUCUUUGCCAGCAGACAGUCAGGACUCUAUCGCGGAAGAGGGAACCGAUCACCUUAAAGCGUUCGAGGCGAAUAAGGGCAAAAUGAACACAUUAUUGUCUCAGCUCAAAAAUAGCAUUGCAUCAGUAUUAGCGCACUGCGCCGAAGUAAACGUUGCCUCCUUGCAACUAGAAUCUGCGGAAAAGGUUAACGCAUGUUUGUCAAAAUUAGAAGACGUCAACGAAUGUAUUGCAGAUGUACAUCAACCCAUUAUUGUGGAAACAUUGCAUACACACUCUGACAUUAGUAAUCGUAAAACUUUCGCCGAUGCUGUGUGCCAUUUGGAAACAUGUGUGGUGCAAGUCGAGGAGUGUCUUGCCCAACAUGAUUUGCAAGAGCUAAGUGAAAACUCUGUCUCCGACUUGAAAACAUUGGCUCUACCCUUACAAGAUCUUAAAGAAUGCAUAAAAGUAUUCCAUAAUGAAGAAUUGGAGCAAGUGAUUAGUUUGCCAACAGCGAGCUUAUCGAUGACAAGUGCUCAUGUUUUACAAGACAUACAUCCCUUUGUGCUUUCUAUAAAAGAGAGUAAUGCACUUGAGACUCUACAGUCAUUGGCUGCAGAUGAGUCUUUAGCACAGUUGCAACAGUUUAUACAACCCAUACAAGAAUUGGAAAAUGCAGUGCUUUCGACAAUUCAUCAGGUGCAUUUGUCUCAAAUUGAAGAUUUCCCAUCUGAGGUGAGUAUUGCAGUACUGGAGAAGUGCGCCAAGCCUAUUUUGGAUAUCAGGGAAGCCUUACUGCAUGUACAAGGUGAAACCCCACAAUCCCCAAUCGAAGAAUGUCCAGCAUUGCAAGUGGUUAGACAAAAAGCCGAUGCCAUAUAUAACCUCCUAGAAUACUGUGAACAUGCUAGCCUUAAUGCAUUGGAAAAUAUAACUGAUAUGUCCACACAGGCUGACGUCUCCGCAUUGAAGUCGUAUGCAGAGCUGAAGUCUGUUGAGAUCGAAUUGGAACCAACAGCAAAAGUUGCAGAAGAAAGUGUAAAGUAUCUGGACGUCAAGGAAUGUAUUGCGGGUGGCAUCAAACAGAUCCAAGUUUGCUUGACUUCGACUGACACAAAUAAAGAGCCCGAAUUGCAAGAUAUUGGUGAAGUUAUGAAGGAACUUAAAAAUGAAUUGGAAAAUAUGCAAAAUGAGUUGUCCAAACCAAUAACACAGCAAAAUACCGUUAAAGUCAAUCAAAGAGUGGCUAAAGCUAUGUUUAAACUAAAGGAAUGCCUGGUGCAUACCUAUGAAACGGAUGUAGGAAAGUCUUUAGACGAGUUUGAAAAAACGUUCGAAGAUAUCUUACAAGCACUGCCGACUUUGGAAAUACAUCUGGCCCAAGAGAUGUUUGCAAAAAUUGAUACAUCUCUGUGCGCAUUUAAAGCCACAUGCUUACGCCCAGAUGCUCCCACUAAUUUACAAAAAUUAGUGGACCCUAUUAAUAAUAUUAUGAAGACUCUAAAAUCAAUAAGUGAGUUGAAAUCUAUUGACAUCGAGAAAUCCUCAUUGGUUGUGGCCAAUCUUCAAACGCAUUUAAUGUCAGCAUUUAGAGUGCUAAACGAAGUCGGUGACUCAUUAAGCGGGCAAGAGCGUGAAGCUGCUUUAAGGGCACAAGACGCUGUGCUUGCCACACAUGAAUUCAUAGUGGACGCCAGUGAACAACUUCGCACAAUUGAGCUCCUUCAGGAAAUCGACAGUUUGACGCCGAAUCUUAGUUCAAUUUACGACAGUAUUGUAUUAGAUAAAGAGCAGAAAAACAAACAAGAGCUACUUGAAGCACUCACUCAACGCGUUUCAUCAGGAAAAGCCUUUCUACAAAGCAUUGAGGAAGGCUUAAAUGCCAAUAAUCCAUUCUAUUAUAAAUUAGCGGAGGAGAAUGAACUGGACAUACGCAGUGUAGAAGCAGCUCUUUUACGUAUAGAAAACGAAAUUAUACCAAAGCUGGAGUUACAUAUUCCAACCCCUGAGGAUAGCACACUAGUCGACGUACUCGGAGUGCAUCUGAAAUCUCUUCAAGACAGUUUCGCUAAACUCCAGACUUUACCUAUUGUUUCGAAGGAUAGUCAUGGCGAUGAUAAACAAAAGAUAUUAUCCGAAACGUCUCUUACAUCGAAAACACUUUCUGAGGAAGAAAGGCUAUAUGGUGCAUUGCAGCAACGCGAAACGUCAUUACCCGCGGAUGAGGAUUUUUCCACUUUGGAAGACGUUUCGGCAAUCGAGUCAUUACUUGGCUCUCCAUUGCGCUCUCACGAUGAGAAUAUUCCAUCAUCGUCAGCUGAUGUAGGUAAGGUCGAUGUCUUGUUGUCACAACUCAAAAGUAGUAUCGUCUCAGUGUUAAAAUAUGGCUCAGAGGUUCUGGUUAACUUCCAAGAACUGGAAUCUACGGAACAGGUUAAGGCAAGUUUAUUGAAAUUGGAAAAAAUUCAUGAAUGUUUUGCUGAUGUUGGUCACCCUUCUGUCAAUGAGCCACCUCUCCUAUCCCUCUCCGAAGCUAGUGCUUGCAAAACGUUUGCAGAUGCUGUGUGUAAUUUGGAAGCAUGUGUAGUGCAAGUCGAAGAAUGUAUUGCUCAGAGUUAUCUGCAAGAUUUGAGCGAAACUGAAAUAUUCGAACUAAACACUUUGGCGCAACCUCUUCACGAUGUUCGUGAGUGCAUUAAAAUUUUCCAAAAUGAGGAGCUAGAGCAAGUUUUAAGUUUGCCAACGCUAAGCAUGAAAUUAACCAGCGCUCAAGUCUUGCAGGAUAUUCAACCGUUUGUCUUAUCCAUCAAAGAGAGUCAUGCAUUGGAGACACUGCAGUCUUUAGCAGAGGACGAAUCACUCGAACAACUUAAGCAGUUUAUCCAGCCUAUACAAGAGUUGCAAAAUCUGUCAUUAUUGAAUGUGGAGCAGGUGCACUUGUCUCAAGCGGAUAACAUUUCUACACAGGAAAACAUCGAAAUGUUGAAAAGAUUCGCAAAACCGGUUUUGGAUAUAAGAGAAGCUUUACUACAAAUUCAAGAGGAAACACCACUAUCAACGCUAGAAGAAUGCGUGCCCUUAAAAGUAGUGAGAGAAAAGAUCGACGUCGUAUACCAUCUUUUGCAAUAUUGUGAGCAGGUCGACAUGAGCGGAGUGGAGAACGUUGUGGAUAUGUCUACACAAGCUGACAUUUCCGCACUAAAGUCUUGCAUUGAGUCACAAUCUGUAGAAGCGAAACUUGAGCUACCAGCUGUAGUUGCACAAGAAAACGUGAAGUUCCUGGAUGUCAAUGAAAGCAUUUCAAAUAGCAUUAAGCAACUCGAAGCUUGUGCAGCUGAUAUGAAACAAGUAAAUGCUCCAGAACUGCGCGAAGUAUUCGCUGUCAUAAUAGAACUCGGAAAUGAACUAGAAAACAUGCAAAACGAACUUUCUACAGCAUCCGAGCAGCAACAUACGGCGGAGAGUCAAAAAAAUGUCGCCAAAGUGAUGUUUAAAUUAAAAGACUGUCUUGUCCAUACCUAUGAAGCCGAGCUGGAUCAAUCGCUAGAACAUAUUGAAACAGCUUUUGCCGAAUUGUUACAAACUACGCCAAUCUUAGAAAUUCAAUUGGCUCAAGAGAUGUGUACCAAAAUGGAGUCUGCCAUUUUGGAGUUUAGUUCAAUAUGUAACAAAUCAGAAAGUUUAGUAGAAUUGCGUAAACUAAUCGAACCUCUCGAGCUGGUUUUAAAUAGCACCAAGGCUAUUACUAAACUCCAGUUGAUAGAGGUCGAGAAGUCUACAAUGGUUGUGGCUAACUUACAAUCACAUUUGAUGGCAGUCUUUAGAGCAGUUGAUCAGAUUAAUGAAAAAAUAGAGCUUGACGAACGUAAAAAUAUUCUUAAAUUGCAAAAUUCUGUUAUUUCUAUCUCGGAAUUUAUCAGUACGAGCGAAAACACAUUGAGAGUAAUAGAACUCACUCAGGAACUCGCCUCUCUUAUGCCGCAACUAAACUCCAUAGUCAAUCAAAUUAAUGCAGAAAAAAGCGAUAAAGGAAAGCAAGCCUUUUUAGAAACACUUACUUUGAGCUUAACUUCGGGAAAGGAUUUUAUAGCAAGCAUUGAUGUAGGAUUAAAAUCUAAAAAUUCUGUAUUCGUCAGACUGUCCGCAGAAAAUAGCUUGGACAUUCAAAGAGUUCGUGACGCUUUAGUGCGCAUCGAAACUGAAAUUCUUCCAAAAAUCCAUUCCAAAAAUCCGUCAGCAGAAGAACGUGCAUUGGUCGAUACCCUUCGACUUCACUUGAAAAACUUACAUGCUAAAUUAGUUGCUAUAAAUAAUGAAACUGUUUCUUCACAAAGUGAGGUAAAGGAAGCUACAGAGACUAUUGACGACGAGAUGAAAAAGAACGUUAUUGGUGGUUUGGAAAGCAAGAAGUAUAAGCAACAAGAAGCAGUAAUCGCAGAACAAACUCAAACCGUUGUAAAAGAAGCUGAAGAGAAAAUUAUACCCAAAGAAUCGACCCAAAGCUCUGAAUCGGCAAUUAUUAGUCAAGCACCACAAGAAACUGAAACUGCUACAGCAACUAUCACUAAGAAGAACGAAGAAUUAGGUUCAGAGAAUUCUCUACCAACUGAACCAUACUUACAAAAAACUGAAGAACUCAUUGAUGUCACAAUUGAGCUAACAAGGAAUUUGAAUAGACAACAGUUGAGCAAAGCUACAACGGAAAUUUUCAGGUCUGUUGAAAUAACUUUAAGUGAGAUGAAGAAUUUGAUACAAACACAUCCGUCAAGUACAAUCGAAGACCACAUUUUCCUUCCACUAUUCAAGUUGAAAGAUUUGAUUGCGUUUAUUAAGAAAUCACCUAUUGAUGAUAUUACGAAGAGCAUAGAGAUGCGUCAAGUCAUACAAAAUUCCAAUAAAGUGUCGCUGGAAAUAUUAAACGGGCAUCAGGGACUCCGAAGCGCAAUGAUCUCUGACAUUACUGAGGCUACUCUACCAUAUAUCGGUAGUAUUAUAUCUUUCAUAGCACAAGUAUUUCCUAACGAUAAAGAAUUAUGUGCGACAUCUAGUGCGCUCCAACGAAUUUCUUCUGAAGUUGCUGUUAUUAAGAAGCAAAAUGCACCAAAUAUGGAUACUGGCUCACGAUCUUAUCAAAAUCUUAAAUCGGCUAUAUUCGAUUUGCGAAACUCAUUUGGAUUAGUAUUCACCAAAACCCAAAAUUCACCACUAUUAGAACAAAAAGAAGGCUUAGAUCGUAUAUGCAAAGCUAUAGACGAAGGCCUCAUUACUCAUGUUGUAGAGAUUCUGCAGGAGCUUGAGAUGACGAAAGAGUUCUUUGUUUUAUUGUUGGAAGAGUUAAAAUAUAUAUCUCAAGAAUCGGAAACUAGUACUCUUGCAGACUUUAGAGAAGAAGAUGAAUCAAUGCGUGACGAAGAUUAUAUGGUACAAGAAAUUAAAAAUGUUCUGGCGGUUAUUGUCGAAAAUGAAAAAUGGAAAGACACCGAAGGUGAAAUUAAAGAGGCACUUAAGAACCCAACAGAUGAACGUUUUUCAAAACUUAUAUUCAAAAUGAGGGAACACAUUGUCCACACUUAUGAGGACGGUCCGCUUUCCUCGAACGAAACCAAAAAACAGUUAGAAGAGAUCAUUGAUAAAUUGCUUGCUAAAAAUCCUGAAGUCACGCGAAAAUUGACUGAAGAAUAUUAUGCCAACAUAAAAGAUAAUAAAAAACAUAUACAUGAGAAUAUUAUUAAAAUUGAGAAUUUCGAGUUACGAAAUAAAGUAAGCACACUAAAUCCUUACAUAGAAAGUAUAACCAUCACUAUUGAAGAAAUCAUGAAAUUGAAAUCUAGAAGUAAAUUCGGAAAGAAACUAGAUACAUUAAAAAAAUCUCUAAUGGACACCGUUAUAUUUUUAGAUGAACUCCAUAAAAUCAAAAGUGGAGAUGAGAACUUUAAUAUUGAGAAAGCCAAAAAUAUUGCACUAAACGGGAUUGAUUAUAUAAAUAAUAAGGAAGAAGCUGCACAAUUGCCUAAAAUUCUUUUGGACACUUAUUUAUUAACUAAUAAUCUGCUUGAACUAUGCAUUAAGUUACAAAUAGCGGAUUAUCUUCCGUCAAAACAAACGGAAACAGGGAGCCCUGUUUCAAAAGUCGAAGAUGCUGAAGUAAAGGAGGUUUUCCCGAAACCAGAUGAAAAUGAGAAAAUAAUGCAAGAGCCCUGUGAAAUCGAAUCAGUUAUAUCUAAAGUCGUAGCAUUAGUUACAGACUCUGCCGAAGCCUCUGAACUUGCGAGAUCUCUAAUUCUAGAGGCUGAAGCGUCAGAAACAGAGAUAGCUUCUAAAGAGCCUGAGGCGAUUGAAUUGACUGGAACUGCAGAGACUAUUAAACCAGACCUAGAAGUGCAAACAAAUGCUCCUGCACUAAUUAUUCCAGAAAAACCUAUAUAUACAGUUGUAAAUGUUGAAGAGCCUCGACAAUGGAUGGCUUCUAAGGAGUCUGAGGCGACUGAACUGACUGAAACUGCAGAAUCCAUUAAACAAAAAGCUGAAGUGGUUGUUGCUUCAGUACCUUCAGAAGCACUUGCAAUUACAGUUAUUGAAGCUAUGGUAUCUUCUAAGGAGCCUAAAGCGAUGGAACUGAAUGAAACCUCCGCAUCUGUUAAACUAGAAGAAGUAGUUGAACAAGCUCCACAAUCUGUCGAACCUGAACCAGAAGUGGAAGCUAAGACUCCUGUAUCAGAAAUUUCUGAAGAAUCUAAGCCAACAGUUAUGCAAGUCGACGUGCCUCUACAAGAGAUCUCUUCUAAGGACACUGAGGCGACCGAACUGACUGAAACCCCGAAAUCGGUUACAUCGGAAGCAGAAGGGGAAGCUAAGAAGCUUGAAGUUAUGCAAUCUGAAGUGCCACAACAAGUAGUAUCUUUUAAGGAGCCUAAGGCAACCGAAAUGACUGAAACGUCAGAAUCUGUCAAACCAGAUGCAGAAGCGGAAGCUGAGGCUCCUAUAUCAGUAAUUUCUGAAAGACCUUCACCUCAACAAGACGAUUUUUCGAAAGAGCCUGAGACGAAUAAAAUGACUGAAACCCUAGAAACCCUUAAGCCACAAGCAAAAGCGAAAGCUAAGACUCCUGAAUCAGUAAUUUAUGAGGUACCUACACUUACAAUUGUGCAAGCUGAAGUACCUCAACGAGAGGUAUCCUCUACGGAGUCUGAAACGACUGAAACUCCACAAUCUGUCGAACCUGAAGUAAAAGUGGAUGCUAAAACUCCUAUAUCAGAAUUUUUUGAAGAAUCUAAAUCAACAGUUAUGGAAGUUGGCGUGCCUCUACAAGAGGUCUCUUCUCAGGAGACUGAGGUGACUGAAAUUACUGAAAUUACAAAAUCUGUUACACCGGAAGCAGAAAUGGAAGCCAAAGCACCUGUACCAGUAGUUUCUCAAGAACCUACCCCUACAGUUGUGCAAGUUGAAGUGGCUGAACAAAAUUUAACUUUAAAGGAGCCAGAGGCGACCGAAUUGACUGAAACCCCAAAAUCUGUUACAGCGGAAGCAGAAGUGGAAGCUAAGGCUACUGUAGCAAUAGUUUCUGAAGAACCUCAACCUGAAGUUAUGCAAUUUGAAGUGCCACAACAAGUGGUAAUUCCUAAGGAGCCUAAAGCGACUGAAACCCUACAAUUUGUUAAUCCAGAAGUAGAACUUGAAGCUAAGGCACAAGUACCAGUAGUUUCCGAAGAAAACCCCGUUAUGCAAGCUGGCGUGCUUCUACAAGAGGUAUCUUCGAAGGAACCAGGGAUGACCGAAUUUACUGAAACAUCAGAAUCUGUUACACCGGAAGCAGAAGUGGAAGCUACAGCUCCCAUACCAGUAGUUUAUGAAGAACCUCAACCUAAAGUUAUGCAAGCUGAAGUGCUGCAACAAGAGGUACCUCCUAAGGAGCUUAUAGCGACUGAAACCGAAGAAUUUGUUAUUCCAGAAGUAGAAAUGGAAGAUAAGGCUUCUGUACCAGUAGUUUCUGAAGAACCUAUACCAACAAUUUUGCAGGCUGACAUGCCUCUGCAAGAGGUAUCUUCUAAGGAACCAGAGACGUCCAAACUGACUGAAACCUCAGAGUCUAUUACACCGGAAGCAGAAGCGGAAGCUGAGACUCCUGUUAUGCCAGCUGAAACACCGCAACAAGAGGUUCCUCCUAAGGAGCCUAUAACGACUGAAACCCAAGAACUUGAUACUCCAGAAGCAGAAAUGGAAGCUAGGGCUUCUGUACCAGUAGUUGCUGAAGAACCUCAACUUAAAGUUAUGCAAGCUGAAGUACCGCAACAAGAAGUACCUCCUAAGAGGACUAAAGUGACUGAAAUCCAAGAAUUUGUUAAUCCCGAAGCAGAAAUGGAAGCUAAGGCUUCUGUGCCAGUAGUUUCUGAAGAACCUGUACCAACAGUUUUGCAGGCUGACGCGCCUCUACAAGAGGUGUCUUCUAAGGAACUAGAGACACCCAAACUGACUGACACCUCAGAAUCUGUUACACCGGAAGCAGAAGUGGAAGCUACAGCUCCCAUACCAGUAGUUUCUGAAGAACCUCAACCUAAAGUUAUGCAAGCUGAAGUUCCGCAAGAAGAGGUACCUCCUAAGGAGACUAAAGUGACUGAAAUCCAAGAAUUUGUCAAGCCAGAAGCAGAAAUGGAAGCUAAGGCUUCUGUGCCAGUAGUUUCUCAAGAACCUACCCCUACAGUUGUGCAGGCUGACGCGCCUCUACAAGAGGUAUCUUCUAAGGAACUAAAGACACCCAAACAGACUGACACCUCAGAAUCUGUUACACCGGAAGCAGAAGUGGAAGCUACAGCUCCCAUACCAGUAGUUUCUAAAGAACCUCAACCUAAAGUUAUGCAAGCUGAAGUACCGCAACAAGAGGUACCUCCUAAGAGGACUAAAGUGACCGAUGUCCUAGAAUUUGUUAAUCCAGAAGCAGAAAUGGAAGCUAAGGCUUCUGUGCCGGUAGUUUCUGAAGAACAUAUACCAACAGUUUUGCAGUCUAACGCGCCUCUACAAGAGGUAUCUUCUAAGGAACCAGAGACGAACAAACUGACUGAAAUCUCAGAGUCUAUUACACCGGAAGCAGAAGUGGAAGCUGAGACUCCUGCUAUACAAGCUGAAACACUGCAACAAGAGGUACCUCCUAAGGAACCUAUGGCGGCUGAAACCCAAGAACUUGUUACUCCAGAAGCAGAAAUGGAAGCUAAAGCUUCUGCACCAGUAGUUUCUGAAGAACCUCAACCUAAAGUUAUGCAAGCUGAAGUACCGCAACAAGAAGUACCUCCUAAGAGGAUUAAAGUGACUGAAAUCCAAGAAUUUGUUAAUCCAGAAGCAGAAAUGGAAGCUAAGGCUUCUGUGCCAGUAGUUUCUCAAGAACCUACCCCUACAGUUGUGCAGGCUGACGCGCCUCUACAAGAGAUAUCUUCUAAGGAACUAGAGACGUCCAAACGGACUGAAACCUCUGACUCUAUUGCACCGGAAGUAGAAGUGGAAGCUACGGCUUCUAUGACAGUAGUUUCUGAAGAACCUCAACCUAAAGUUAUGCAAGCUGAAAUGCUGCAACAAGAGGUACCUCCUAAAGAGCCUAAAGCGACUGAAACCCCAGAAUUUGUCAAGCCAGAAGCAGAAGUGCAAGAUAAGGUCUCUGUACCAGCAACUUCUGAAAAACCUACAACUAAAGUUAUGCAGACUGAAAAGCCUCAACUAGAGUUAUCUUCUAAGGAACCUGAAGCGAUUGAAUUGACUGAAACAGUAAAAUCUUUUAAACCAGAAGCUGAAAUGGAAGCUAAGGCUUCUGAAGAACCUUCACUUACAGUUAUGGAAGCUGAAAUGUCUAAACAAGAAGCUAGUCUUAGGGAGUCUAAGGGGACGAAAAGGAUUGAAACUCCUGAAUCUGUUAAACAAGAAGCAUCUUCUAUGGAGUCUGAGCCGACUGAACUGACUGAGGCAGUAGAAUCUGUUAAACCAGAAGCAGAAAUGGAAGGUAAGGCUCCUGUAUCAGCAAUUUCCGAAAAACCUUCACCUCAACAAGACUAUUCUUUUAAAGAGCCUAAGACAACUGAAAUGACUGAAACUUCAAAAUCCGCAAAGCCAGAAGCAGAGGAAGCUAAGGCCCCUGUACCAAUAGUUUCUGUAGAACCUACACCUACAGUUAAGGCAGCUGAAGUUGUAUCUUCUAAAGCACCUGAAGCAACCGAAAUUACUGAAUCUUCAGGAUCCGUUAAAAUUGAAGUAGCAAGAAAGUCUGAUUUCGAAAUCUUGUCGGAAACUGCAUCUACAUUAUUUGAUGAAAAUGUGAAAAAACCAGUCGACGAUAAGACUAUUGAUGAAAAGUUCAUUAAAGAUAGUACUGAAACUAAAGUUAAUAAAGAUUUAAUUCAGCCAGUAAUGGUUGAACAGGAAGUUGCAGUACUUGAAGAGCCCUUUAAUCCUAAUUUGUCAGGCUAUUGUGCGAAUAUUGUUGAAAAUGUGUACAUAAUUCGUCAGCUCUUUGCAGAAGAUACACAUUCCGUUUUUCUCAAAAAAAUACCACUGAUCGAUAAAGAUUUGGAAACUAUUACAACAAUUUCCGACGCAGUUAAGAUGAUGAAUAAUGUGGAGAAGUCAUCUGAGAAAAUGGUUACACUUCAGAAAGUUCUAAUGAAUCUUUUCAUUACAUUUGAUGAUUUACAACAAUAUGUAAUUGGAGAGAUAAAAAAUAAAAUGGAAGAAGUUAAAAACUUGGCACUUAGUGAAUAUGAAAAGAUCGAGAAGAGCACUGGUGUACUGGACUCUGAGAAUGUAUUAAUUAGUAUUUCUAGUUUAAUAAGAGUACUUUUAAAUGUUUGCCAAGACAUAGUAAAGGAGGAGAAUACAAAGCAUAAAAUAGGAGAUGUAAUUGAAACUAAGAUUGCUGAAGACGUAUCUCAUGAAAAACUUUCAAAUGAAAAGCAAGAGGAAGCAAAACUAGAUCUUAAGAAAGCAGUUUUAAAAGAACUUGACGGUAAAGACCAGAUUUUGCAAGAAAGCAUAGCAAAUAAUAAGGGAGAUAGUACUGAAACAAAACCAGCACCAGAUACUGAAGAAAUGCUUGCUAUCAAGAAAAGCAAAGUUGAAGUGUCUGAGGUACAGGAAGUACAGAAAGAAAUUGUUGAACAACAUGAACUUACACUCUCAGAGGAGCUGAGUAAAAACUUGCAGAAAUAUUUCGAAAAUAUUGCCAGCAAUUUUGAUAAUGUUUCAUUUAUAAUUGCCACACCACAACUGCAGGCAUCUUUCAGCAAAAUAGUCCCAGUUAUACCCACAUUGCGCACGUUUGUUUUGGUUGCAGAGUGUUUGAAAUCCGUAGCUUCCCUUGAAAAAUCAGCAGAGAGAAUUGUUACCCUUCAAAAGUCAUUAAUGGACACCUUCGUUAUAUUUGAUGAUCUUCACGAAAUAGCAACAAAAGAUUUGAAGACAAAUCUGGAGGCAGUGAAAACGACCGCCUUGCAAUUAUACGAUAAUAUUGAAAGCGCAACAAAAUAUGUUGAAUCUGAAAGGGCGUUAACACAUUUAAAUAAAUUAUCUAAUAGUAUCCUAGAAGUAGCCAAUGCACUACAGACAGCGCUUCAACAAAAUAACGAAAAGUUGACAGAAAAUAUUCUGGAGACAGUACGUGGUACUGAAAUAAAGAUCGAUCGAGAAGAAUCCACAGAGGCAACGAUUGAUAAAAAGAUUGCAAUAGAUGAACAAUCUGAAACGAAGUUGUCGAUGAAAGAAAAAAUAUCCGAGAUGAAACUUGAAGAGGAAGCCGAAAAAGAAGUAGGUGUGACUUUGGGGAUUGAACCGACAGACCAAAAUUUUACUACUGAAUUACUACUCAAGCACACAACAGAGUCCGACAUGGACAAAUCUUUGCCUGCAGUAGUUGCAUCCCGAAAAGAACCACAUGAUGAGAAACCACAAGAAAAGCAGGCCGAAGAUGAUGAGCUUUCUAAAAAUUAUAGUUUAGAAAAUAAACAAAAGGAGGUAAAGAAGAAACAAACUGACGAAAAGUCAGAAGCAAAAUUGGAAGAAAAGUCGAUGAUAGAAGUUUCCACGAAUAAACCUCAAAAUUUGAAGCUGGAAGAAAACAUUGCGGUCGCGGAAGGUGAUAAGAAAUCUAUUGCCGGUGACGUGAAGAACAUUGUAUAUUUCAAACUGGAAGAACUUUUUAAGAAUAUUACCCGAAAUGUUAAGAGUUUAGAAGAACAAACUGAAGUGGCAAUUCAUCCGUUACUUAUCAGCGGACUGACAUCUCUCAAACCUAACCUUGGAAACUUUGUUAAAGUUUCACAAACGAUUAAAAGUAUUGAGCAUGUUGAAAAAUCUUCAAAAGAUAUAGUAACUCUGCAAAAUGUUUUAAUGAAUAUUUUUGUAACAUUUGAUGAUUUACAUGAAUUAAGAGUCAAGGAUAUAAAAUGUAAAACCGAAGAUAUUAAAGUGAAUGCCUUAGCUGUAUAUGAUUUCAUAGAAACGAGUCAAAAUCACAUAAAUUCUGAAGACAUUUUGCAAAAAACAUCGGAUUUGGUUACGAAAAUGUUGAAAAUGUUCUCUGAGCUUCGCAAAGAAACAGAUGAAGAAAGUAUAGAAAGAUUUGAAGUUUCCACUACGGAAGGUUUGAUAUUUGAAAGAGAGCCAAAACCAACAGCUGAAAUAGAACCCGAUAUAAUAGCUGACGACAAAAUCAAAGAAGAGUCAACAAAGGCUUUGAAGACUGAAGCCAAAGCCCCGGUAAAUAAGGAUUUGCUGCAAUACUUUAACCAGAUUGUCGAAUAUGUCGAGAGUACAUCUAUCAAAGUUAAUAGUAUAGAGGACUAUCAUUUCCGAUCGAAGUUGUCAUCAUCAAACUCAACUCUUGAAAGCAUUGUUUCAUGUGCGGAAUAUAUAAAGAAAACGAAUACUGUUCCAAAAUCGAAGGAGAAAGUUGUUACUCUCCAAAAGAAUCUAAUGGACAUUUUCAUUCUUUGUGAUGACCUACAGGCCGUUAAAGAUGUGACACUGAAUAAAUAUUUUGAAAAGAUUAAAGAUUUAGCAUUAAACGAGUACAACGUAAUUGAUAAGUGUGUAGAUGUGAUUAAUUCCCAAAAAAUUCUGAAAGAUACUGUUCAACUUUGUCAAGAGAUCCAAAGUUUUUGUGAAAAAAUUGCAAAUUUAAAAGGUACAAAUAAAGAUAUUGAUUCUGUCCAAGAAAUGACCGACAAGAAUGAAGAAAAAUCAAAAGAAGAGAAAACAGAGGCUAUUGUGGACUGUCCAAAGAUAAAGUCUAUCGAAAAACCAACUGAAAAGCUACCUGAAGAGAUAUUGAAGAAAGAAGAGGAGUCAAAUAUUAUAAAGAAAACGAAGAGUGUGAGAAAAGAAAAAAUAUCUGAAGAAAUGAAAGAGAAGGAGAAGUCUUCCGAUGAAAUUCAACAAAGUGGAGAUAAACCUAAAAAGGAAAGUGAACGAGAGAUCACAGACGAACAGAUGAGGGAUGUGAAGGAGUCGCCCGAAAAACACAUGGUUGAAGAAAAGAAGAAUAUAGACGAGAAGUCCAACGUUAUGGUCAAAAAAGCAGACCCCGUAAAUUUACCCCAGAAGAAGGCUUCUGAAGAAACUAAAGAAUUAGAUGAAAUACAGUCAAAAGAUAUCGAGAAACGAGAACUGUCAGAUACAUGUAUUGACACAUUUUCUGAAAAUGUUAAAAAAAUAGAAGAAAAACCAAUUGAAGAAAAGAAAAAAGGAGGUGAUAAAAAUUCUGGAAUUCUUGGUGUGGCUAACGAUAAGUUAGAGACUACGGUAAGAACUACUGAGAAGUCUUUUGGCCAAAUUAAACAGACAGAAGAAAAACCAAACGACGAGGAGUCGAAGAAGGAAGUUGUGGAUGAUGAGAAAAUAGAUGACUCGAGAGCAUAUCAAGAACUCAAAGUUGAAGAACGCAUUGCAGUACCUAUUGAAGGAGUUAAAGAUGCAGAAGAAAAAAUUAAAAAGGAAAAGGAAAAGACGAAAAUAGACAAACAGAAAAAUAACGAUGAAAAAGAUGUCGGAGAACUUGAAGUUGUUGAUACAAAGAUUGAGGCUACUGAAAAACUUGAGCAAACUACUAAGAAAAUUAAAGAAACAGAAGAAAAAUCAAAAAUAGAAAGGAGAAAGAAGAGCGUGGACAAACACCAUAUGAAUGAUGACAAACAAACAAUGGAUCUCAAGAUUGUCCAAAAAGAACCUGAGCCCGAAAAAAAAACGGUUGAAAAGAAUUGUGAGGAAGUAAAACAGUUAGAAGAGAAAUUAAUAGCGGAAAAUAAAAAGGGUAAAGAGCAAAUUUCUGCAGAUCUCCAAGUUAAAGAGAAAGAGUCACAGUCUGCGGAAACACCUACAGAGAAGCCUUUGGAGGAAAUUAAGCCCUUAGAAGAAAAACCAAAAGACAAAGAGAGGAAAGAUAUUGAUGCUGACGAGAAAAAGAAAGAUAACGAUGAAAAAAAAGAACCUACGGAAAAGCCUUCUUCAAACCUUGCUGAAGAAACUAAUGGGGUAAAGGAUGAAAAGAUGAAUUCUAAAGUCAAACCGAAUGAAAAAAAUACAAAGGAAGAUGCCGAUGAUAUAAAAUAUAUCAAACAAAAAUCUAAGGAUCCAAAAACUGUUGACAAAAGACAAGAGUCUGAAGAAACCAAAAAGGGAGAAGAAAACCAAAGAACAGCAAAGAAGAUGAAAAGCGAAGAAAAAACAAAAGACACAAAGGAAAAAGAUAUAAAUGAAUUGACGGGGGAGGAAGUGCUAAAAUCCGAACAACUCGAAGUUGUUGACAGCAAAUCAGAGUCUGGUAAAAAAAUUGCUGAGAAAGAUAAUAAACAGACAGAUGAAAAACCCAAGAAACAAAGGAGAAAGAAAAGUUCGGACGAUGAAAAGAAAGAUCACGACAAAAAGUCUAAGGAAUUUCAGGUCUUUCAGAAAGGAGUUUACGAUAAAAAGUAUGAAGAAGUCAAAGUUGAUACUGAAAAUUCAGUACCUGUUGAAGAAAAAGACGAGAAAAAACAAGAUAGUGAAGUGACGGCGAAGGGAGAGGAGAAGUCUGAUAUACCAGAGAUUAUUGAUAACAAAUCAGAUGAAAAACUAAAGAAAUUGAUGAGAAAGAAGAGCCCAGACGACGAAAAGAAAGAUAAUUAUGAAUAUUCUAAGGAACUCAAGGUUCUUGCUAAAGUAUCAGAACCUUCUAAAGAGUCUGCUGAUCAACUUUCUGAAGAAAUUAAAAAUAUAGAUGAACAAUUAGACAAAGAAAAGGCAAAGAACAAUGAAGAUCUCAAGCUAGUUGAUGAAAACAAAGACCGGAUUGAAGCACCACUUACGAAGUCUUCUGACAAAAUGAAUCAGAAAAUCAACAAACCGAAGAUAGUAAAUGAAAAGAGUGAUGAAGUAAAAAAAUCUGAAGAAAAAUUGGUUUUAAAAACACACGCAGAGUCUGUCGAGAAGACCUUAGAUGUAACAGAUAUGGCAAUAUCCUCAACACCAGAUAGACGUCUCAGAAAGGAAGUGGCUGAUGCCGCCAUGAAGCAGGUUGAUCAAUCAAAAUCGCAAGUAGAUAAUUUCCGCAAUGCGGAAUAUAAGGAUAAAUGGGAAUCACGUAGCGCUAGACGUGCGCCAAAUGUUGACCUAAAACUGACCAAUAGAAACUCACCAGUGGGAAGCGAUAUUAAGCUUACGUGCAGUGUUUCCGGUGCUGAACUGAAAAUCGACUGGUAUAGGGAUAAAACAUUCAUAGAGAACGACAACAAAUACCAUAAAACCUUCAACGAUGGGCUAUCUUGUUUGGAAAUCAAAGCAGUUGACGCUGGCGAUGCGGGCGUUUACCGAUGCGUGGCCACCAAUCGCAAUGGAGAAGUGGAAACAAGCUGCCUUGUGGCUGUUUACGAUGUACCGACAACUAAAUUUGGCACCACGCCAAUAUUUACGCGUAACAUAAGAGAGUACUAUCACUUACGUGACGAUGAACUAACCAUUGAAUGCCAUCUACAUGGUGUACCUCGUCCAGCUGUUGUUUGGAUGAAAGGUGGACUUGAUGUUAAACCAAGUUUCAAAUUUACCAUGCUUGAAGAAGCGCACGGCAUAUAUAAACUGCUUAUUUAUAAACCAAACGAUAAGGAUAGUGGUACUUAUAUUUGUAAGGCAGCUAAUUCCAGUGGUGAAGUCCAAAUUAGUCAUCAUGUGGAAGUUGCUAAAAAUAGACACUUCCAUGCGCGCGGUAUUUUCCACGCACGUGAUCGUUUGCAAAAAGAUAAAGAGGCAACAGCAAAGAAAGCUAUGGAAGAAGCGCUUCAGUCAAAGGCUGCAUCCGAUCGCAAGCGUACAUCGACCGCAGCAGAAGCUAAGGAACGUGUUCACCGCGCUUCACCCGAGCCAUUGGUAUCACCAAAACAAAAACUCAAGUUCGCUACGCAACUACGCGAUCGUAUGGCUCUGGAAGGCAGUACUGUACGUUUUGUGUGUACUGUGAUUGGACCUAGCCCAAAUUGCCGCUGGAUGAAAGAUGACAAAUGGGUUGUAGCUGGCCCAACCGUUAAAAAUCUCUCAGAGGAAGGAAAAGCAAUUCUUGAGGUGAGCAAGGUUACGUCCGAAGCAUCGGGUGUUUACAAGUGUGUAGCCAAAAACGAUUACAGUGAAAUCGACACGCAAUGCUACUUCAAAGUGUAUAGUGCCCAAGCAGAUGGCGACGAACAAGAGCCGAUCUUCGCUCUACCACUAAGAGAUGUAUAUCAUUCGUCCCAGAACGAUUUAAUUAUUGAUACGAAGGUGCGCGGCAACCCCCGCCCCAAGAUUACAUGGGUAAAGGACAAUCUACCAGUAGUACUCGAUGAUCGUCGUGUACAGAUCGAACAUUUGGAUGGCGUUUGUGAGCUGAUCAUUAACAAGCCAACCUCGAGUGAUAGUGGUGUGUACACUUGCAUUGCUGAAAAUAAAUUGGGCAGUCAGAAAACUACACACACAGUUGUAGUAGAAGUUGUGCAAUCAUCGCGACGUUCGAGUUUAUUAUCUGGCGUAAUGACCGAAUCAGAUAGUGAAGCUGGCACUGGAGAUGCGAGUGGUAAGAAGGUCGAGAAGGGUAGUCGGCCUCCAAAAAGCAAGAAGAAGGAUGAUGAUGCCGAGGCUGGCACAUAUGAGCGUCGCAGUCGCAUGCCCGACCCUUCACCAAAACAACAAUUGUAUUUUAUUGCGAAUCUUUCGAAUCGCUACGUAGCCGAAGGUUCCAAAGUCAAAUUUCAGGCAGUUGUGGGCGGACCUGAUGCUACAUUCAAAUGGCAGAAGGAUGAACAAAAUGUUACUUAUGGUCCACGUAUCCGUAAUAUGAGUCGGGAAGGAAUGGCUUGCUUAGAGUUCAUCAAUACUGCAGCUGAAGACUCGGGUGUUUACACGUUGACUGCACAGAAUGAAUUCUGCAAAAUUACAACCUCGGCCUUAUUGCAUGUUUACUCACCGAAGGUUAGUUCCGACGUGCAACCAAUGUUUACACGCUCACUGAAAGAAAUCUAUCAUCUGAACACAAAUGAACUUGUUUUGGAAACGGGAGUACGUGGUCAACCAACACCACAAGUGCAAUGGUCGAAGGAUAACUUCGAAAUAAAGAAUGGUGGACGCUACCAAAUACUACAACAUCAAGAUGGCACUUGUGAGUUGAUUAUUGAUCGACCGGAUGCAAAAGAUUCCGGCAAGUACUUAGUGCGGGCAGAGAAUAGUGCUGGUAAAUCAGAGAUUACGCACACUGUAUUAUUUGAGGGUAAAGCGUCUCAUAUCGCUGAGAAUAUUCAUGGUGUAUUCCAUGCCGAUAAGAGUUUAUUGCGUGCAAAGACAGCAGAGGACGAGAAGGCAACCCCCUCAAAAGGUGAAGCCGUCGGAAGUGAUGCAGAGGAUAAAGAAGGCAAGGGAAAAUCGAAGGCUAAAGCUAGAAAAGCUAAGAAAGAGGAGGAGGAAGUAAUUUCGUCUGCAACUGAAAUUAUUUCAGAAACUGGAAGCCUUAAGAAACGAGAAAAAGUUAUUGGCAUACAUUUCGCUACAUCGGUUAGAGAUCGUGUUGUGGCUGAAGGUUCGAAAGUGAAAAUUUCUUGUUUCUUGGAGUCAAAGGAACCACAAGUCAAGUGGUUUAAGAAUGCUGAACCUAUCGCUAAUAGUCCGAAGAUUAGGGGUCGUUACAGUGAAGGUUUGUGUUUAUUGGAAAUUGCUAGUGCUACGGUUGAGGAUAGCGGUGUGUACAAGUGUUGGGCGCGCGAUGAAACCGGCGAAGCUUCCACAUUCUGCAAAUUGGAGGUUUAUGCAGAUCCAGGCACUGGUGAUGUGCCACCCACAUUUACACGUAACAUUAAAGACACCUAUCAUGGCAAAAUUCAUGAAUUACAGCUGGAUGUACAUGUUCGUGGUCUACCCACGCCAUCUGUUACUUGGGUGAAGGAUGGAGUUAAGGUCGAGUCGAGUGAAAAGUAUCAGCAAAUUGACCAUGAUGAUGGUCUUUGUGAGCUGUUCAUUAUAGAUCCAGUGCCGGCAGAUAGUGGUAAAUAUGUUUGCCAAGCGGAAAAUCGUGAAGGGAAAACCGAAAUUAGUCAUAUUGUGACUGUGGAGCCUAGACGUAGGCGACCGGUUUCUCCAUCUAAGGAGGCCAGACCACCAGUCAAGCCAACAACAGAGGAAGAAGAGAAGGAAGGUGAGGAUAAGGAGGAAAAGAAAAAGAAGAAGAAAGCCAAGGAUGAAGAGGAGGGUAGUGGAAGGCGUGAGGCACCACCACCACCAGAUCUAAAGAAAUAUCUCUACCUUAGAAACUUCCUAUCUAAUCGUACUGUGAAGGCUGGCAGCAACGUCAAGUGGAUGGUUAACAUCGAUGGACCUGAGCCGACAGCCCGAUGGUUCCAUGGCGAGCAACCAAUUACUUUCGGACCCAAAAGUAAAAUGUCUUGCCAGGAUGGAAUCGCAUGGCUGAAUUUGAUAGGCGUUUCCGAAGAGGAGGCAGGUGAAUACACUCUACGUGUGAAGGGUUCAGAAAAUGAGGUGGUUAGCACUUGCCAACUUUUUGUCUACACUACUGGUAAAGAGGAGGUAGUAGCACCUGUUUUCACAGUGGGCAUUAAAGACACUUACUCCAUCAAUGAGAAUACAUUGGUGUUGGAUUGUCGUGUACGCGGUAAACCUCGCCCUGAUAUCCAAUGGAUGAAGGGUUCGGAUCUGCUUAACGAAGAUGACCGUUAUAACAUUGUUAACUCUGCUGAUGGCUAUACUAAAUUGAUAAUUAAUAAUCCUACGGAAAAGGAUUCCGGUCUUUAUGCCUGCGUAGCCCGCAAUGAGGCAGCAGAAAAUAAAAUUACUCACCAAGUCGAUUUUGUGGGACGCGAACGGUUCGCGCUUGAAAAGACACACGGUUACUUCCACCGUGAUCCCAAUAAGCCACACUUUGUGGUGCCGUUGAGCAACCAAACAGUGAGUCCCGGCGGAACGGUUGCUAUUUCUGCAGAAUUCAUGAAAUCGUCUACGCCAUUGGAAGUACAAUGGUUACGCAAUCGUCAAACUGUCGCCGGCCAACCAGGCAUAAAAACCUUCAUGGAAGGUGGUGUUUACACAUUAGCCAUAUUGAAUGCACAACCCGAAGUAGAGGGCACUUACACAUGCCGCGCUUCGAAUGCUUUCGGACGCAUUGAAUCGCACGUAAGUGUCGAUGUUGCUGCCGGUGCCCCGAAAAACGAACGGCCACCGCUCUUCUUAUCGCGACCAGAGCCCGACAUGAAAAUAUUAGUAGGCGAUCCAUUCUCCAUUUCGUUCCGUAUUGCGGGCGAACCGAAACCUAAAUUGACCUUCUUGAAAGGCACCAAAGAUAUUACCAAAUCUGAUAGAGUCAGUAAGGAAGUGUCGGAUGAUUACACCAGAUUCACGGUGCAAAGCUCACAAAUCGCUGACUCGGGUACUUACUUCGUCGUUGCGCGUAAUAACUUCGGCACAGAUCGUGUAUUUGUAACCGUUGCGGUAAUGCCACGCGCACGCUCCGAAACACCAACAUCGCCACGCUGGGGGCAGCGACUCGAAAGUUUCCCUGACAUUUCUUAUUUCAGAGAUCCUCCAGGUCCGAUCUCCACGGAACCUUUGCUUGUCGAUUCCGGACCCUCACACAUCUCCCUCUCGUGGGGUAAGCCAGCGCGAGACAAUUCUGCGCCCGUUAUUGCCUAUCGCAUUGAUGCUUGGGUUGUUGGCCACGAAGGUGGUGCUAUGUGGAAGGAAUUGGGUCUGACACCUAUAAAUUCGUUUGAUGCCUUUAAUUUGAAGCCCACUGUUGAAUAUCACUUCCGCGUAACGCCGAAAAAUCGUUACGGUUGGGGUCCAUCGGUGCAGACAAGUAGUCCACUGCAGGUGGGAGGCGCUGAAUGCUUGCCCGAGUUCGUUAAAAUACUACCUGGCCAGUUGAAGGCUUUACUUGGCACACAACUUAUAUUCGAAUGUACCGUGCGUGGCGCGCCACGACCACAAAUAGACUGGUAUAAGGAUGGCAUGCAUAUUAGUUCAUUAGCCGAACGUAUCAGAAUUCGUCAAAUUGGUUCAACUUGCACGCUGAUCAUUGCUCCAGUUUCUGAGUUGGAUGCAGGUCGUUAUACUUGCGAAGCAACUAACUCCAAAGGCAGAGUAUCGACUUUUGCGCGCUUACAAAUCGUCACCGAUCCUCGACUAUAUGAAGCCGAUACUAAACUGAAGCAAAUUGUUCAUUCCGCCGAUGUUGCUCAUGCUGGUGACACUUUACCAAUAUUCACGAUGCGCUUGCGAGAUCGACGGGUGCAAAUGACCUAUCCUGUGCGUUUGACUUGCCAGGUUAUGGGUCAUCCAAGCCCAGAAAUUAUGUGGUACAAAGACGACCAGCAAAUUGUAGAGAAUCGUCGUUGUCUUAUCACGAGCGAUGGUCAGUUUCAUACACUGGAAUUGGCUAGCACCGUGCUAGAUGAUAGUGGAAUUUAUACUUGCACGGCUAAAAAUGAACUUGGUUCGGUAUCAUGCCACUGUUCGCUUGUCGUCGAUAAAGGUAUACGCGCUUACAUAUCGCCCGAGUUUUACAUGCCGCUAGACCCCUUGUAUAUAUAUCAAGAGGGACAAGAAAUACGCCUUGCCGCUAAAGUAGAAGCCUAUCCAACCGUGGGAGUUUCAUGGCAUCGUAAUGGCGUACGAUUGCGUCCAAGCAGACGCAUAAGUGGCACUCUGGAUUCUAACGGCUUUGUUGAAUUAAUUAUUGCCGACGCAACCAUACACGACGCUGGCAUUUAUGUUUGUGUCGCUUCAAAUGCUGUUGGCAAAGUAGAAAGUAGCUGUCGCGUGGUGAUAGAAGAGCUCGAUGAAGAUCAGCAACAGCAAAAGCAAUGCAGUAGCAGCCAGAUACCGGCUAUUCUAAAAAGUGAUUUACCGUACUCCAAGGAACCCAUGUUUGUUGUCAAACCACGUUCUAGUGAGGCCUAUGAAGGUGACACAGUAAUAAUAUUCUGUGAGGUUGUCGGCGAACCAAAGCCCGAAGUUGUAUGGCUGCGCGAUUUCUUGAAUCCGGAAUACUACAAGGACGCACCACACUUCCGACCUAUAGGUGACGGUCCGGAAUACCGCCUGGAAAUACCUAGCGCCAAGCUGGACUUCACCGGCACUUACUCUGUUAUAGCGAGCAAUUGUAAUGGUGAAGCAAAGGCUGUCAUCUCAUUGCAAAUUUUCGCUAAAGAUAUCCUCAACAAUUCGCAAAUGGAGAAAGGGUCCAUUCGACACGGCAACGUGGAAACCUUCCCGCGCUUCAUCCGUCAUCUGCGUGAUUUACGUUGUUGUGACGGUGAUGCCAUCACUUUGGAAUGCCAUGUUGAGGCACUCCCGGAACCGGUAAUCAUAUGGGAGAAGGAUGGACGUGUGCUACCGAGUGGCAAAGAUUCCAUAAUGUCUUACGACGGCAUCAAGGCCACACUGAGUAUACCACGCAUUUAUCCAGAGGAUGAAGGCGAAUACACAUGCGUCGCAAAGAAUAAUCUUGGCCGGACACUAUCCUCGGCUUGUAUUAUUGUCGAUGUGCCUGAGGAGAAGGAGAAUAUGUUAAAUCGUCAGCUGUCCCGUCCCAGCGGUUUACUCUCGGCAAGCUCAACACCACGUUCAACACCGCGUUCCACGCCCAACCGUUGCCUUUCUCCACGUCGUCUCUCUUACCGUUCGUCACAAAUCGAUCUGAGUGAUGGUCGCAUAGGCAGCUAUCGACGCGCAAUGUUGGACACUCGUACUUUGGCUGCGCCGAAAUUCCUAGCCAUUCCCCACAGUCGUGUCGUCGAGGAGGGUGACAAUGUGCGUUUCCAAUGCGCGAUUACCGGUCACCCAGCACCUUGGUCGACAUGGGACAAAGAGGGUAUGAUUGUUACGCCUACUGCCCGGAUCGCUGUGAAGGAGGUGGAUGAUUUGCGUUUCCUGGAGAUUGACGAAGUCACUUUCGAUGACGCUGGUCUGUAUCGCAUCACCUUGGAGAAUGACUAUGGACGCAUUGAAGCUACGGCGCGUUUAGAUGUAAUUAGCCGUUCGCGCUACUCACGCUCUCCUUCCGUGCGUAGUGUUCGUGCAAGUUCUUCGAAACGCAAUGCACACCUACGUAGACGUAUUAUGGGACCAUCGACGGCUAUAGGUGGCCGCAUGGCGUUGGCUACUGGCUAUCGAGGCUCUUCGGUGCCAUCCUGCAAGUUCUACCAUAACGGCACUGAGCUGGGUGAAGAUGAUGAACGUGUGCAGAUUGUGGUGAACGAACACGAAGCACUGCUUUGUAUUGACAAUGUGACGGAGGAUGACGAGGGUCUGUAUACUUGCAUCAUUCAGUGUGAUAAUGAACCGUUGAUCACAAGCACUUGGGUGAAAUUCGAAGCAACGGAAAGUGAUGCAUUGACAGCACGUCUUAGAGAACCGAGUAUUUCUCGAGCCCUCCCCGCCAAAGUAGAAGCUCACGAACGUGAGACUGUUGACUUGCGCUUUGAGUUGGAUUGCCAUGAACCAUACACUUAUACGUGGACGCGUAAUGGUGAAGUGUUGGUCGAUGAUGACGAUUUUAACCAAAUCGACCAUGGCAACGGUGUUCUCUGUCUGCGCAUAAACGAUGUUUUCGAUUUAGACUCCGGGAAAUACACGUGUGAGGUACGUACAGCCAGCGGCUUGACAUGCAGCACUACUUGUCAGCUGAGCGUCGACGAAAUCGCCGAUGUUGUCGAGUCUGCGCCAAUACUGUUGAAAUCGCCGCUGGCAGUGCUAACGAAUGCCGGCGCAGACGAAGUGGUGUUUUGUGCGCAUGUUCAUCCACCUGAAGCCAGCGUACAAUGGUUUGUUGCCGGUCGUGAAAUCGUUUCCGACUAUGUAGAUGAAGAAAACGCCAAUGACUCACUCGUUGGGGAAAUAACAAAGCAGUUUGGCGCCUCGCGUGUCAUCAAUGAAUCGGACGGUGUCCGCAUACUACGCAUACAGAACGUCCAGCCGCAUCACUGCGGCGAAGUGCAAUUGAGUGUCACACAUUGCGGUAAGUCCAGUUCGACCCUGCGCGCUUACACCAGUCUGGUUGUGCUGCCAGGACCUACGUCCAUUCAAGGCGAUUCUACAGAAACCACAAGUGCCACUGAUAAGGCCAUUGAAGCGCUGAACGGUUCAGAGCUGCCAGAAAUACCUGCUUGCAUUUUAGAGGGUCCACAGGAUUACACUGCUCACGUUGGUGGUAGCGUUAAGUUGAGCGUCUGCUACGAGGCUGUACCGCGUGCACAAGUCUGCUGGUACAAAGGGUGCCGUCCGAUAGUUGAGCAGCGCAACAUUUCCAUACGCAGUAGCGCUAAGCGUUCGACGCUGCUCAUAACUGAGAUUGCGGCAGAUGAUAGUGGCAAGUACACGGUGGAGAUCAUGAACACGUUGGGCAGCGAUGCUGCGGCGGCUUCGGUGGCGGUGGAGGGUCCGCCAGAUGCGCCCAGCGGCAAGCCAAGCAUCUCACAAGGUCCCGAUCGCAUUGCGGUCGCUUGGUGCGGCCCACCCUACGAUGGCGGCUGCAUGAUUACCGGCUUCAUCAUUGAAAUGCAGCAGGUGUCUGCCGAACCGAAUGAUGAGACCGACGAUUUGGCUGGUGGCGAAAGCGGUUGGCACGAAAUCGCUACCGUUGUGGACUCAUUAGCAUACACGGUUAAGAAUUUGACACCGAGCGCCACAUAUCGAUUUCGAGUGCGCGCCAAAAAUGUACAUGGCUGCAGCACACCAAGUUUGCCCAGCGAUCCGGUUGAGUUACAAGCCCAAGAAAUCCCAACAGAAGAUUUUCACCGACCGAUCUCUGUUAAGUCAGGUGGCGAUUUCAAAAGUCGCUUCGAAAUACUCGAGGAAUUGGGCAAGGGUCGCUUCGGAAUCGUUUAUCGGGUGCAGGAACGUGAAAAUUCAAAACAAAUUCUUGCUGCUAAGGUGAUUAAAUGCAUUAAAGCGCAAGAUCGACAAAAAGUAAUGGAAGAGAUCUCUAUUAUGAAAUCAUUACAACACCCGAAAUUGCUGCAGCUCGCCGCUUCAUUUGAGAGUGCCCGCGAAAUUGUAAUGGUGAUGGAGUACAUUACCGGCGGUGAGCUGUUCGAACGUGUCGUGGCGGACGAUUUUACGCUGACCGAACGCGAUUGCAUACUCUUUCUGCGACAGGUGUGCGAAGGUGUCGCCUACAUGCACACGCAAUCAAUCGUGCACUUGGACCUCAAGCCGGAGAACAUUAUGUGCCAUACACGCACCAGCCAUCAAAUCAAGAUCAUCGAUUUUGGGUUGGCGCAACGUUUAAAUAAGAAUACACCGGUGCGCGUGCUCUUCGGAACACCCGAAUUCAUACCACCUGAAAUAAUUAGUUACGAGCCAAUCGGCUUUCAGUCAGAUAUGUGGAGUGUGGGCGUCAUUUGUUAUGUGCUUUUAUCUGGCUUAUCGCCAUUUAUGGGUGAUACUGAUGUCGAUACUUUUUCAAAUAUUACACGCGCCGACUAUGAUUUCGAUGACGAAGCAUUCGAUUGCGUUUCCCAGGAGGCAAAGGACUUCAUAUCGAAUUUAUUGGUGCAUCGCAAAGAAAAUCGCUUGACAGCCAAACAAUGCUUAGAGUCGAAGUGGUUGACCCAGGAACAUGACGAGAACCUCAGUAACAAAAUCUGCACAGAUAAACUAAAGAAGUUUAUUAUACGACGCAAGUGGCAGAAAACCGGCAAUGCUAUACGCGCCUUGGGUCGCAUGGCCACGCUUUCCGCUUCCAGACGCAACUCGGCCGUUUCCGGCGCCGGCAGUUUGCCCAACAGUCCACGACCUUCAAUAUCCGGCAUUCAUCAUAUGUUCAGUCCGAAUACCACCGUGCAGAUGGGUUCGCUGCACGAAGAAGACGACGACUUCAGCAUUGAGCUGCCGAAUCAGACAACGCUGGAACAACAGCGACGCAUUCAAAAGACGCUAAAAGUGCGCGACAAAUCUCAAUGCAGCGAGCGCAGCGAUUCCGGUUACAGCGAGUGCUCCAAUUGCAGUGUGGCUGGAAAUAUGCCAUGCCAUUGUGCUGGCGCGUCUGCCGUGCAGGUCAUAGUGCAGCACAGCGCCUUGGAUGAUUUACACGCGACAAAUGCAGAAGCGGCGCUGUCGCUGGGCGUACCGCACGAAGUGCUCAAAACGAAAUUGGAGGAAAUCGCGCAACAUGAGAAUUUGGCGUUGCCGCAGUUUGACGAAAAAUGCAAUGAAUCCAUAAGCGUUUUAGAGCAACACAUACGGCAAGUAAGUCUACAGUCCUCCGACGGAGUGACGGCUGGGAAAGAUAAUGGAGAGCAUAGUGAGUCCAUGCGAGUGCGGCAUGAGGAUGGGAUUUCUGAUCAAGCGAAUGUAACCUUAUCGCUUGCAAUGCCACUCACAUCGCCAACGCAAGGUGUGCCAGCAGAGCCAACAACAGUGUGGGCAUCACCACCACUUCGCGAACCCAUAAUGCGCUCGGAUUUCACUAAUACCAUAAAGAUGCGUAAGAAAUCGUUGGAGAACAAUGCGUUGCGAGAGAAGGCCAAGCAACAGCCUAAACCGAUUUUCGAAGCGGCGGGAAAAGUUUCACAGCUGAAGCAUAAGUUCAAUUUGGCCUCCAGUGCCGAUGAUGCCAAAUGUGUUAACGCUAAAUUACUAGUACCCAGACAAACUUCACCACCGCACAAGAGAGACCACAACAAAGAUGUUUUCGCCGAUAAACGCUUCAGCUGCGCUAACCAAAAAAUCGCUACAAGUGCCACAACGAAAUCAACGAAUUCAACACUGCAACAGCAACAGCAACAAAAACAUCAGCAAAAACAAUGCUCCUCCAUGCCCAACUCCCCGCUGCUUGGACGCUCCACAGCGGCGCCUCGGCUAAGCGGGCGCGUACGCGAGGCAACCGAGCGCUUGUCUCAACAACAAACCGUCGCUACCAGCGCGCGACGCGUGGAGGCACGACGUUAGACAGUAGCAGCAGUGACAGCAAUGGUUUAAACAAAGGCGCGACGCUAAAUGCCAAAUAAAUCAGCGCAAACCGGUUGAGGCGCAUGUGCGGUUGCCGUCCCGCACAAACCACACAAACCACUUUCAAAUACAGUUUAGGGUUAUGGGUUAGGGUCACUUGUGAUAGCAAUAAAAGUAAAACCUGACGUCGCUAAUCCGUAUUUGCGUUGUUGUUGCCGCCGCGUUGUCCUCCAAGGGCCUCACUUUGAUGAAUUUGUUAAUAAGUACGAGUUAUUUUUGCCUGUUGUUAUUGUUAAGCAUUUUAUUUCCCAACAAUCUCAUACCCGUUUUGUUACAUUUACGCGCAGCAUCCACAAUUCAAUUAAACCUACCCACACUCGAAUAAGCCUACAAAUAUUAAUGCAUCCCUUGUGUACAAAAUUAGGCACAAUCACUUACAUAAUCAAAAGUGAGAAUUAAGUAAUUUAGAAGCAACGAUUAUAUCUGCUAAACGAAUAUAUUGGCCGAAUGAAUGGCCUGCCCACUCACGCGCAUACAAACAUACGUCCAGGUAAUCAGGGUGAAUACAUGACCUUUGAUAGUACCUACAUUUCGUUUCUUGUAAUUGCCCCUGUUAUAAAUGGAAAAAAAUUAUACACAUAUAUUUGUGUAUAUGUGAAUCCCCACUAAGGAUAAUAACAUAUUGUAAUUAUACAUUAUUUACCAUUACAUUGUUAAUGAAUAGAGAUUAAUUGUUUAAAAUUACAUAAUUAUAUAUCUAUACUGACUACAUACAAGUAAAUACAUACUUAUAAAAAUAAUAAAUUAUAUCUGCAAUGUUCUUACAUUUUGAUUGUAUCAAAUCGCUGAGUUGUCUACAAUAAAUAAAACGUUGAAGCUCAAUAUGUUGGUUUUAUAUACUACUGUGAGCAAAAAAUA